GAGCGUUCUUUCGAGCGAGCGGGAAGAAUUUGCUAAAAGUGCAAUUCGAAGCGUGGAAAGCGGAAGAAAGUGCGGAGCGAGACAGAGAUAAGAAGCCUUCUAAUUAUAGACCCCACUGGUGGUCUAAAAAUAAACAUCCACAAACACCAGCAAACAAUUAGAGAGAGGGAGGGAGAGAGUUGAACAGCUGUUGAUCUCCCACUCUCCCAUAGAAAGAGAUAGAGAUAAGGACGAACAGAGAGCAAGCGCAGCAAUACUACGAGAGCAGAGUGAGAGAGACAGAGAGAGAGGGGGAUCGCGGGAGAUAGGAAUACGAGGUACUCGACUCCCAAGAAACGGCAAUCGGCAGCUUUACGUUCCAGCAUCCAAACGUCCAGCUUCCAAAAGCGUUUCAAAUUCCAAGCCAGUCGCAACGUCAGCGGAAUACCGCUACAAUUCGCUAAAAUUCUCAGUCUCAGUCUGCACGUCUCACUCAAGUCUGCGGUUCGACAUAGAUACAUCCGCACUCUUCUGCUCCUGCCACAAUACGUCACGCGAUGCAACAACAACUAGUGGGCGCAGCAGCAGCAGAAAACGCAGCAGCAGCAGCCGCAACAGCAGUAGAAAACGCAUCAGAAGUUAGCCACUUGUUCGAUUGCCCGCACUUCAAUUGUCUAUCGAUAGAAAAAGGACUCUAAUCGUUCUUUAAUCGCUGAGCUUACGGAUAUCGAUCGUUUUGCUGUUAUAUUUUUUUUUUGCACGUACCUAAACCCCGCAAACCUCUAAACCUUAACCAAACCCACCAAUUACCGAAAAAAAAAAAAAAAGGAAAGGAUGUUAUCCCCGUUAUUUUUAGUCGUUUUGUUUUUCGUAAAUUGAUUGUGAUUUUGAAACUGUGUGAUCGCAAAAAAAAAUCUGCAAAUUAUCAAAAAAGAAAGUUCCUUAAGAAAGUGAUAAUCCGGUAGAAACUCUAAAGGAGAAAAGGAAGCGCCCGAAAACAUACAUAUACCAUAUGUGAAUCGAACCGUACAAUAUAAUAAAAGAAUAUCUACAAACCAAUGUAUAUUGCACAACAAACCUAUAUAUCAAAAACAUCAAGCAUCAUAUAUCGAGGACCAAGAAGGAAACCAGUACACACUAUUCAAGCCCAGAAAGAGGAGCAUGCCAAUAUGAUUCCCGAAGUACCGACGUCCAGAAUCCUGUUAGUCCUGACCACCCUCGUCGCCGUGGUGACGCUGAUCAGCAGUUGGGUGCCCCAGGUGGCGGGUAGUCCACUUCCCCCCGUGGAGUUCGAACACAGACGGACGGUGUGCUCGACUGAACUCACCGACUUGAUACAGCGUAUAUGUGCAUCUGGAACGCUGUCCCACGGCGAUAUCUAUCUUCGAUCUUAUUUUAUAGAGAACAGUUUUGGGAAGCGCAGGAAGCGAGAUAGCCUGAAUGUCGCGGAUCGGUGCUGUAGAUCGGGAGGAUGCACCUUCUCAGAGCUCUUGAAGUACUGCAGAGAUUAAUAUCAUCCUACUCCGGUGCACUAAACUACACUCCACACUCCACAUUACACUUUUGCACUCCAUCACUCGUAACCCCUAAGAUAAACCCAGCAGAAAGCAGACUCCCGUAGAGUACACUAAGUAUAUUUUACUAAUUUAAUCUAUACACUAACUAAAUUCUGUACAAUAAAAUAAUCGAAUGAGCGAGAAA